GAAUUCGAACAAUUCGGCAAUAUUUUGCUAAAUAAGCCAUUUACAAAAGUACGCCCACCCUUCAACACAAUCGACGCUUCCGCGUUAUUUCAAAAGAAUCGAUCGAAUACACUUCAUGCACUUUGUAAACUUGAUUGAUUGAUUGAGUGUGUUGCGAGGUGUAUGUGUUAAAUCUACGUUGUGUCGUUUCGAGAUCAAGAUUUAGAGUUAGGUGGUUCUUUUUUCACACUAAAUCACCGAAAAUUACAAGAGAUUCGUUCACGAUGAGCCGAAAUCUUCAAAGUGAAAAGGAUAAAGAAAAUGAUGUUCACUCAACUCAGUCCAACUUGAAUCUGGCUGGCGGUCGAUCCUCCGGCUGCAACAUGGAUCUGAAACUACAGAACCAGCUGAGUAAAUACCUAUCCCCAGAAUUUGAUGUCAGUAUAAAUGAUGUCGGGGAAAUCGUCAACAUACUUAAUGUCAUCAAGGCUAAAUGCGCAUCUACACCGGAGAAAUUCCGUCUGUUGAUUGGACUGUUGUGUGAAGUGGAUCUGUCAAUAACCAACAUUGAGGAGCACUAUGAGCAGCUGUUAGUGAAGAAUCGCAUCUUUCAUCUGCUGAGGAUGUUUCCUAAUGUUGCUCAUCCGUUGCUCGAUGUCAUUGCCAGGGUAACCAACAGAUGCUGUCCACUCGCCUCUCUGCCGGUCACCAUCGGAAGAAUUGAAGAAGAGAGACAAGCUCGCAACAACAAAUUCCUCAUCACUUGCAACAACACCGUGAUGCCCGGCACGGCACAGUUACUGCAACAUAGCACCUGCCUGAGAUUGUCUGCUCACCAGAACAACCCGACGACAGAAGUGCCUGUAACUGGUAUCCGGCAAGCUGGUGUCUUAUCACCCCAUCGAUUGUCAGUUGUUACUCAACCCACCGCCCACGCGCCAUCGGUUCGUGUUGUGACUGUGACGUCGCCUGCCGGUCAGCCAUUGGUCGGUGGAAAUCAGCUGACUGAGUUUGAUAUGAGUCGCAGGAUGUAUGACCAAGUUCCACCGUCCCUCCUACACUCUUCAUUGCCUGGGGGUGUCGUCAAUUCUUCAGGAGCUAGGGAGUCUCCUACGGACAUCCAGAAACGCAUCUUGCUACAGCAACAGCAGCGCCUACGCCUGCAGCUGGAAUUGCUACAGGCUCAGCGACUACAACAAGCGUGCCUCCGAAAUCUGACUUUCGGACACCAGAAAACAAGCAACGCAGCUGUGUGUACCAUCCCAAACACACCCAUGGCUAUAAUGGAGCAACCCGUGCCAGCAAGCUCCACUGUGAUUGGUCCAUUGAAAUCCUCGGCUCGGCCAAUGAGGAUGACCAGAAGUUGCAGUCAGCUUUCCCAGCAGCCAAUCAGGGGAGCUGUUGGAAACAGACAAAGCGGGCGUGACAUUCAGGCUUUGGAUCUCAGAUCGCCGGAAAGACGGCUGGCUUCUGAAAACGUUUCAAGUAAAAGCAUCACCGCGACAUUGAAUACAAAUUGUGAAACUGUUCCUGAGAAGUUGUCCGUCAAAGCAGCUAAAAAUGAUGAUGAAAGUGGUAAUGCUGAGAAAGAAGAUGCCACUUGUGAGAAGGAAGGCGAAUUGUGUCUGAGUCAAGUUGGUCAACAUUGCAUCAUGGUGUCUGUACGAGAUGGCAGCAAUUCAUCACAUGAGGGCAGUGUUUGUGAGACGAGUACACCACAGAAAGGGUCGGGAUUGGGGGUUGAACCGGCUAAAUGUAAGACGAGGCAGAAACACAGAAAGGGGAGGGCGGGGCAUGGCUGCAGAGGGGCGGUGAUUAACGUGAAGAAGCUAUGUCACAUGCAGGACGCUGAGACAAGUAAAAAGCACAAGAACAACUCAACCGCCAGUCGAGACAAACGCAGCCCAACAGCUGAGACUUCUGUUCAGGAACUUAAACGCAACACUGAAAGUCGACGGGGCCAUGGAUCAUGUGCUGCAUCAUCCAACCUGGCAAAUGUAAACAACAACAGUAAUAACAAAUGUGACAGUGACUCUCAAGAUUGUUUGACCCAGCCCCACGGGCUAAACUCAUCACGAAAACGAAAAUCUAAACGGACCUCGAAAUCUUCCAAACGACAACGAAAAAGCAGCAGUGGAAUUGAUGUGUUGCGUGGAAUAAUAGUCAGUGAUUCCGAGCCAGUAGUGAACAACUCAGCCAUUGCGUUUGAAGCUGGCAAAGAGUCUGUACCCCUUGACUUGUCCUGCACUCUUACACCCACCAAGAACAUGGGGAACUUGACUGCCACUAAUGCCGCUUUCGAACCGACGACUGGGUUGUGGCAACGGAAACCAGACGAUGAACAUGUCAACACGAUAAACCAAUCCCAACGUCAAGGAUUUGAAUUUAGUCAGAUCCCAGAGGUAAGGUCCCCCGAAUCCGCCUAUCUGUUGUACAGCGGCUGUGACGACGAGGCGUGGUACCAGUCCUCGCAGUCUGAUGAGGUGGAUAUUCUAUCCAAUCAGAGCUCGGCAUCCCCUGCUGCGGGCCAAUCAAAUGCCAGCAUGAGCUCGCCAAUGCAACCGGGGUCAUUCUUCGCAAGGCUUGUGCACAGCGAGCAACAGAAGUCCCUUGCUGCAGUUGGAAACGGCACAAGACGUUCUGCCGCAGCAUCUGCUGUUGCUGCUGCAAAAACGGCCCUUCUUCCUGCAGUAAAGCGAAAUUUACCAAGAACCAGACCAGACAAAAAGAAGAACAAGCGUUGAUGGAUGCAAGUCAACAUAGAAAAUGUUGAGCCCUUUUCACACUAGACAAAUCUCAGGGUUGAC